AUGAACGCCAUAAUGACAGGUAGUGUAGAGAACGGUGAGUUUCAGAAGCGAAUAAACAGUGAAGACCCAGAGAAGGCUAAACGGGUUUUGAGCGCUGUUAAGUUUCUUGUUGAUCCACGUGUGAAGCUUACACCUAUUGCUAAUAAGGUGCUAUUUUUAAAGUCUAAGGGGCUCUCCACUGAAGAGAUAUGUGAAGCCUUUCAAAAAACUGGACAACCAAAAUCUAUGGAAGAAAUAAAGAGGAUAAUGAACCAACAAAAUUGUGUUCCAGUGGUGCCGGUCGCCAGCAAUUCGUCGCUGCCGUCCAAGCAUGCGCUGGGUGAUUCGACGUAUGCGGCACAUCAAGGCCCUGUUUCUCCUUACGCAGGUCCACUUUACACUCCGCAACCACCACCGUUUCCUCAAACUCGCCAAGAGUCAAAAGAAGCAGAUUGGAGGGAUUACGUCAUUGCCGUGGGUGCCACAUUGCUGGGAGGUUUUGCCGCUUUCAAGGCAUUUCAAAUAUACUCUCCGUAUGAAAUUCGACGCAAAGACGAGAGGACAAAGUCGAGGCCCGGAAAUGUGACUGAACGACGGAGGCACAAAAGCGGGAGGCGAGCUUCCUCAGAAAGUGAUAUAGAGCGUCCUAGCUUGUCCCAGAAUAUACCAGCUCUUCCUAUGCCGGCGACGCCGACUCCAAAUACUUCCAAUACAGCCAAUGGCCAAGAUGAAGUCUCUAGAUUGCAGACUGAAGUAAAGGAAACCCAAGAUGCUUUGGAAAAGGAAAAGAAAAGUAAGGCGGAACUUUCAGUUACCCUUGGGAAAUUAAGAGGCCAAUUGCUUGCCCAGACAAGAGCCAAUGAAAGACAGGAAUCAAAAAUCAAAAGUCUUCAAGAAGAACUUGACAAGCAACUAAACGAGGCAGGUGCCCCCAAAACGACUGAUGAAAACGUUGGUGUGGCUUCAGGAGAGGUUUGCUCUCCUCAAGUGGGUGCUGGAAUGGAGAAUACUCUAUCCUCUCCUUUGCCACCUGUAACGGCUUGCGAAAAGUCAGAUGGUGCGGCACUAGAGCAAAGCCCACUACCUGUUUUGAGAGCAAGCGAGGUUGUUGAGGAACAAUGA